AUUAUGUUGUUAUAAACCAUCAGUUCAAGCCGUAGAAAUAAUCUCUUGUAUAAAUGUGAGCUAUAAUUGUGUACAAUAAAUGGGCAAACAAGAUAAAUUUCAAUAGUUUUGAGCUUAAAUUUUGCAUAAUUACUGAAAAUCCUCAUUUUGGGUUUGUCAUAAUUAGCUCGUUCAAGUCGUGGAAAUAAUCUCUUGUAUAAAUCUGAGGUAAGACCGUGUAUAAUAAGGCUCAAACAACAUAAAUCCCGACAGUUUCGACCUUAAUUACAGAAAAAAAUUUGCAUAAUUAAUGAAAUUCCCGAUUUUGGGUCUGUUGGGAUGCAUAAUUAGCUCUUGAUACAUUUUUUCUUUCGUAAAGAUACAUAAUUAGCUCCCCACAUAUUUUUUUUUUUCCAAUUUUUGAUAUGUCGAGGUACAUAAUACAACGAAGAUACAAUUUUUUCUUUUGUAGAGAUACAUAAUUAGCUGCCGAUUUGGAUCUAUCGGGAUUCAUAAUUAGCUCCCGAUAAAUCCAACGAAAUGCAUAAUUAGCUCUUGGUACAUUUUUUCUUUUGUAAAGAUACAUAAUUAGCUCCCCACACAUUGUUUUUUUUUCCAAUUUUUGAUAUGUCAAGAUACAUAAUAUAACGAAGAUACAAUUUUUUUCCUUUGUAAAGAUACAUAAUUAGCUGCCAAUUUGGAUCUGGCGAGAUUCAUAAUUAGCUCCCGAUACAUCCAACGAAAUGCAUAAUUAGUUGAGAUUUUUGUAGUUACCUUAUAAGGGUAAGAAUUUGUGUAAAUAUGGUAAGUUAAGGUGUAUGUUUAUGUUCUUUCUUGGACUCCGCGCGAGCUUCAAUACACCGAGCUGGCCUCUUUUUGUUGUUAUAUCUACUCAUAUUUUGAGGUAGAAGAACUCACACAAUAAUAUGAGUCAGGACAAUGAAAAUUUAUUAUGCUUUGUUUAUCGAUCUCAAAUACUCUAACUGUUAUGUCUGUUUAUAUUUUGAGUAGAAGAAUAUGAUAGAAAAAAUUAUUUUGUUUUGUUUGUAGAUCUCCUUACUGUCAGUUUUAGAUAAAGGGAAGCCUUGUGAACUAAAGCUCCCGCAUGAACUGUUAUUUCUGCUAUAAUUUGAAUGGAAGAAUUUGACUCUGCAAGAUAUUUUUAGUGUACACACCUAAAGAUGGCAAUUUGUUGAUGGAAUCCGUUAGAAAUUGGCUCAUCGGUAACAUUUCUGACGAGCUUCCAUCGAAAAUCCGGAUGUUUUAGUGAUUUUGUUGUUGUGUCUACUUAUAUUUUGAAUAGGAAACUCAUAGUAUAAGAUGACAAUGAAAGUUUAUUGUGUUUUGUUUACAAAUCUCUUCUGCUGUUAGAUUUUAGUGGUCUCAAUGAACUGUUGUCUAUGUUUAUAUUUUGAAUGGAAGAAUAUGACUCUGCAAGAUUUGUUUUGUUCGCUACUAAACGAAAAAGCAAAUUUCCAGCGGGAUGUAAGAAUGACUUGCUGAUUUUGUUGUGGUAUAUACUCGAAAGAAGAUAAAAAAAAUUUGUUGAUUUUGACUUGUUAUUGCAGAAGCCAGCUGCUCCUAGAUGUACCUCAUUGUUUAAGCUUUAUACUAUAGUUAUCUUAGAUCUGAGAUCUUCACCCAACCCGCACCCACAAACUUUAAAUCCUUAAUGUACCUCAAGGGCUUACAUCUUGGUUUAGAACUGUUAAAUAUGUGCAUAGCAGGCACAGUUUGUGCAACAAUGGACACCAAGGUGAGGUAUCUACAUGAAAUCUUUUGGAAGCUUAGGGUCGGCUAUGCAUUUCACCGAAUAUCAAAAUUGAUUUUUAGCAGUUAUGGAACAAUCCAGAUGAUGGUGCUCUAUUUUAUUGUUAAGCUUCAUAUGAUGUCCUUAGAUAAGAAAAUAGAGGAUUUUGAUAAAGCGGAUAGUUUUUUUUGUUUUUUUAUAGGAUAAUGUUUUCAGGUCUGAUUAGCUAUUGCUAUGAUCAGCAAUCUUGGGAAACAAUGUCGAAAUCUUCCAAGAGCAUUGCUCUCAGGAUGAAAGUACACUGCAAGGAUUGUGGAGUGGAACUAAAAAAGCAGCUGAAAGAGGUGAACGGUGUUGAUUCAGUUGACAUUGAUCAUAAACUUGGGAAAGUAGUCAUUUCAGGCAAAGUAGAUCCUGAAAAAGUCCUACGCAAGCUUGAGAAGCGUGGGAGAGAAGCCGAGCUUUGGCCAUGUGAAAAAUUAAAAGUGAAUGAUCCACCGAGUGGUUCGAACAUUGUGGAGGUCAAGCUAUUUGAUAACCCAAGAUUGCAUAAUGUGGAGGUCAAGCUGACUUUCCAAGGACAAUCAACAAGUAAUAACACUGGGAUAACACAAUCAAAAGUGCUUCCACAUGGUGGUGGUGGUCGACUUUGUUCUGCGUCUUCAUCAUGUUGUGGUUGCAAUCAUGGUAAUACUAGAUUUGGUUCUUGUUAUGCCAAUAACAGAAACAACUAUUGUUACCAUAAUGUACCGGCUACACAACCGGAGAUGCUUCCACAUGGUGGUGGACUUUGUUUUGCAUCUUUGUCGUGUUGUGGUGGCCACGGUGGUAAUUAUACUCAUUCUGGUUCUUAUUGUGCGGAUAACAGAAACAACUAUUCUUGCCAUUGCCUGCGGCCGCUGCCAAUGGGAUACAUUCCUCAUCCACUUAUGAUGCAGCCACCAUGGUCAGGUGAUCGUACUAUUCCAUCAGCUCCUCCUUUGCCGUCCGACUAUUUUCAGCCACCGGCAUCACCACCUUCAUACUUGUCAGUGCGUCCUUCCUAUUACAGCGUCUUAAGCGACGAGAACACGAAUAGAUGUAUAAUCCAAUGAUGUGUGUAUGUGUGUGCGCGCGCGCAGUUGUUUGUGUGUAUAUUUCAUGUUAUACUAUGUGGUAAAGGUCCAAUUUUCAACAAAUAAAAGUAAAAAGAAUAAACAAGGGGUGGAGGAAAUACAGAAAAGUUUAGCAGUAAUAGUUCAUGUAAAAUUUUCGCCGUUCUCAUGACAACUACUACGUUGGUUGUAACGUGCCUUUUCUUUUUUGAUGAUUGUGAAGUUUGCUCAUUUCGUGAAUAUUGCCCCUUUGUUGAUAUAGUAAUUUAUUUUUAACCUUGUCUGUUACGAUCAUGACCAUGAAAAGCACCAAUCCAAGCAAGUAAAUCUUAAUGGCUUCUUUGAAACCCCAAUUUCUGGUCCGUUCAGUUAAUUCCGGUGCGCAUGCUUGAGGAUUUCUUUGUUCUUGUUGCGACUUCCCUCUUUCCCAGUCACUUUUGAGUAUUUGAUAAGGGGUCAAUUGCAGAUGGUAUUAAUUUUUGAAUGUUGUUAUAUUUGGUAGCUUUUGUUUCGUUAUUGUUCCUUUCCCGUAACUUUGGUAUCAGAAUAGUAUAUAUUUGCGGAAAAUAUGCUUCGUUGUGCAUCAGAUAAGCCUUUAUUUAAUUUUUAUCAAGUCCAUUCCUGCAUUAGCGAAACAAUAUGUUAAUUUCUAGUUUUGAUCAACUUCCUAUUACAUAGUUGGAAGUAUAGAUCUACCGUCAGAUAGUUUAGUCUAUUAAAUCCUCUCGAUAUUCUUGCUGUCUAUUUCUUUAGUACCAUAAUGUCCAUAGUGAAUUUGACAUUGACUCCUUAACCGAUAGUUCUUAUGCCUAAUUCCAUUCUGUAUUUGCUUGAAAAUUUUACGAGUCCUUAAUGUCUAUGGUGAAUUUACAUUUACCCCAUAACUUUUGGUAACAAUUGUAGCUUAAUUACAUUUGACAUGAAACAAACACGCACACAGUCGCAACACACACACACACGCAUCACUGGAUUCUGCAGCCAUUUGCAUUCUCUUUGUUUAAGGCACUGUAAUAGGAGUGAGGCAUUGGUGACGAUGAUGGUGGUGGCCCCUGAUACUAAUCAGAUGACAAAGGAGGGGCGAUGAGCUAGUACCAUCACUUGACCACCAUGGUUGUGUCAGUACAGGUAGAGGUUGAUAACUGGGGGUGCUGUGCUCCGCUCCCUACCGAGUAUAGCUUAUACAACGCAUAUUCCAGUGAGGUUCUUACUUCUCUCAGUACAUGUUCUUUUCCUGCUUGAUGGGGCUUCAUAAAUUUGAAGAAUAUCAGUGAAGUACUCCUAUAGGCAUAACUCCGCCUGUGUGAGCUCGCUCACAUUGCCGGACCCAAGCCCGGGAAAAGGAGGAGGGUUGCCGUAGGUUGGCAGCCAAUGUAAAACUUGCCAAUCCAUGAGGAGUCCUCAUAACAAAAUAAUCGUAAAUGAAGACCUGAAGAUUCAUAUAGCCGAUUCCAACUUGUUUGGGAUUGAGGCGUAGUUGUUGUUGUAUGCACAAUAUUGGAUGGAGAAGUUGUACAAUUCAGGAUCAGCUUAACUAAAGCCCCAUUAGUCUUGUAGAAUUUUCUGAUUACUCAAGUUUAGUUUCGCUGUUAUUUAUUGUUCUCAAGUCUGCUGAAAAUAUUAUGUCUGAGAAUAUGGGGCUUUGAUCUGCCGGGAAAAAUUCGCAAGGUGCUUUGAAGUUGAACUAAACUACGUGAAUUGAAGGACGGAUACUAUGUUGUUGUCGUGGACCCUGCUAAAGCAGUAGAGAUGGUAGAUGAGAAUAUGAUGCAAGUUGCUGCAAUCUUUGGUUCAAUCCUGACUAAGAAAUUUGAGGUUGUGGAGCUCCUUAACGGAUUGAAACACGAUCCAUGUUGAUGUUGCCAGUGAAGGACUUAUUGCUCCUUCCCUGUGGCUGAAUCUUGAAUGGGAUUUUUGCUUGCUUCUAGCAAAUGUCACUGGUCACAUGUAUGCUAAGUUGCGUGGACUCUUCACUUUCAGUUCCGCACCCGUGUCGGAUUCUUCAAAAAUACACUAUAUAUGGCGAAUCCGACACGCAUCCGUUAACAUUUUUCACGAGUCCGAGCAACAUAGCAUGUAUGGCCUUGUAGGCAGGGGCAGACAUAGUUUUACUUCAUCGGAAAACAAUAGUUUGAAUAAAGAUCUUGAACCUGUGCUAGAAUCCCGAAUUGAAAACCGUUAAGUUUAUAUCCCGGAUCUGCCUCUGUUAGCUGGUGUUGGUUGGAUAAUAUAUGACAGAACAAACAAUAUUUGUCAGAGGAGCUUUUCUUUAGUAUCGUUUACCUCGGGUUGGAUGACAGGACAGCCUCUAGCAGAAAUGAAAGAUAAGGCUGCAUACAAUGCACCCUUAUGGUGCUUAGGCUGCUAAUUUUGUUCAGGCUGAGUAUAUAUUAUAUCAUCACGGUUGCAUGUCAUUUUGUCUUGAGUUUUUGUAUUCUGUGGUGUCUAAAGUGGCGUAUUUCAUCUUAUUUACUUCGUGAAGGCAUCACUUAACGGUGGCACUUGUUUUUUCGC